AUGGCGGAAUUAAACGGUGCUCCAGCAACGCUAAACACAAUGGCUGAAGAAGUUGUAGUGCAAAAUGAUUGUGAGUAUAACGUCACUAGUCCUGCACCGCCUGCAGAUCAAAAUUUACAAAUAAAUCUAGAUGGCGACGGUGGCAGUCUCAGCGCACCACAAGAAUUGCUAAUCCAUAGCAGAAAAAAACAGCUCCGUUUACAGCAACUAGAAGAGACCCCGCGUUUAAGAGAAGAGUAUUUACGGGAAAAAUUUCGUAUUUUAAACGCAGAAGAUGCAGACGAGGAAAUAGAAGGUCCAUGUGUUAUUGGCCACACCAAAAUGUGUGGAACUAAUGUGAGCGGUAACACAGCAUUUUCUCCUACUCCAAUGCAGCCUGUACAAAAUAACAGAACCAACAUAUGUCCAGCGCGUGAGGUACCGGUACAUACGGUUAUGCAGUCACCACGUCAGCCGUCGACGCGGACUGCGGCAGAGCGUAGUCAGGCCUUACAUGUAGACUGCAACGGUAAUUCACCAAACAUAUUUACAACAUUCACAGCACCAACAAGUACAGCACGUUCGCCAAAUCAGGUAUUCGCAACUCAAUCAGCCGAUACCUGUAAUUUGACGACUUCGCAGUUUGCAGCGCGGCAAUGCGUGCCAAAAGACUUGCCGGUAUUUAGCGGUGACCCCCAAGAGUGGCAUAUUUUUGUUAGUGCAUAUGAACAGAGCACGCAAAUGGCUGGUUACUCUCAUCAUGAGAAUUUAGUUCGCCUUCAAAAAUGUCUACGUGGUAAGGCUAGGGAGGUCGUGCGCAAUUUACUGGUAUUACCGGAGAUGGUACCUGAUAUUAUAAAUACGCUCAGAAUGUAUUUUGGACGUCCUGAGCAAAUACUUAGAGUACUUAUUGAUAGGGCGCGUCAAUUACCAUCGCCUAAGGGUAAACUUGAUCUACUCAUCGACUUUGCAUUUGCUAUCAAGAAUAUAGUAGCAAUAAUUCAUGCAAGCAAACUAAGCGGUUACCUCAACAGCCCAUUACUAUUGCAGGAAUUCGUAGAGAAGCUCUCUCAGGAGUCAAAACUUAACUGGGCAAUUUAUUCAACUGGCAUGAAUAACCCUUGCUUGGAAGAUUUUUCUACCUGGUUGUCCACAUUGGCUGAAGCAGCUUGCCGUGUUACGAAUCCGGCAUCACUCUCAGAGAAACUUAACAAGCGUGAAGCUCAUUUGCACACGCAUAAAUCUGAUGCCGUUUUAAAACAAUACGAAGAAGCAAAAUCUAUGCCCAGAUGCGCAGUAUGUAAUAACCCGCAUAAGGUUCCUCAGUGUGACCGUUUUAAAGCACUCACUAUGAAUGAGAUAUGGGACUUUGUUAAGAGGAAAAAUCUAUGCCGCCAGUGUUUGGGAACAUACUCUCGCCGCUGCUGGAGUAAUAAGUCGUGUGGGGUGGAUAGCUGCACAAUACGUCACCACAAACUCCUUCACAAUUCUGAUGCUAACAAAAAUAGUGAAGUUUCAACGAUGCUGAAUAACCACCGUUCGAUUUCCAGCAACAACACCACAUAUUUUCGAAUCUUGCCGAUAGUUUUGUAUGGAAGAAAUAAAACAAUAUCCACAUACGCGUUUAUGGAUGAUGGAUCUACACUAACACUUAUAGAUCAAACACUUGCAGAUGAAUUGGGUGAGGCUGGCGUUCCCGAUCCUCUAUGCAUUCACUGGACUGGAGACAUAAACCGAUAUGAAGCUGAUUCGCAACGACUCGAUUUACGAAUUUCAGGUAAUAUUCAAGGUGCGAAAAUAUACCCACUCCGAGGUGUUUACACGGUUAGUAGCUUAAAUAUGUCAUCAUCAACAUUGAUUGCUGACCAAUUGAAAACAAAAUAUGCACAUUUAAAAGGCAUUCCCUUGCCAAACUUUAUUGACAUAGUUCCUAAGCUAAUUAUUGGUGUAAAUAACCCCAAUUUGAUAAUGGCACAGAAGGUACGUGAAGGUGGAUGUCCAGAUCCCGUAGGGGCGAAAACAAGAUUAGGGUGGACAAUUUUUGGUGGCGGUAAUAAUCAGAGUAAAGGUAACGGAUUAAACUUACAUAAAUGCGACUGUGAGAGCGAUAACAACUUGCAUAAACUCGUUAAGUCUUUCAUGUUGAAUGAAAAUAUUGGAAUUUCAGUGCCAAAGGUAAAUCCAGUUUCAAUGGAAGACCAACGAGCCAUAGAAAUUUUGGGUAACUGCGAUUUGCAUGAGGGUCAGUACACCGCGAGCUUCCUGUGGUCAAAUGAUAAUAUACGAUUGCCAGACAGCUUGCCAACAGCUCUUAGUCGCUUUAAGUGUCUGGAACGUAAGUUAUCUAGCAAUCCUGAACUACAACGUAAUAUGCAGGAACAAAUUGACAACUUAGUUAAGAAAAAUUAUGCGACCAAGUUACCGAACGAAGCUAUAAAUGAUCGUGGUGACAAAAUUUGGUAUUUGCCGGUUUUUAUUGUCCGCAAUCCGCACAAGCCAAAUAAAGAUAUGUUAACUCCACUAGUAAAUAUAUUAUUCAACUUUCGAAUGGGUAGAAUCGCAAUAUGCGGUGAUAUCGAAGAAAUGUUCCACCGCAUUAAGUUACGACACCCAGACGCAGAUGCUCAGCGUUUUCUCUGGCGUACUAACAUGAAUGAUCAGAUAAACGUUUACAGGCUCAACGUUUUAAGUUUUGGUGCUUCUUGUUCUCCAUGUAUAGCGCAUUACGUGCGAAAUCUAAAUGCUUCGGUACACGCUGCUCAAAAUUCUCAGGUAGCGUGUGCAAUAAAGAAUCACCAUUACGUCGAUGAUUUUAUUGAUUCGGCUCGAACCGUCGACGAAGCUAUCAAAUUGGCAAAAAAUGUUCGAGAUGUUCACUCUAAAUGUGGUUUCAACAUGCGUAAUUGGUCAAGCAAUUCGCCAGAUGUUUUAGCAGCGCUUAAUGGAGAUGGGGAGCCACAACUUAAAUCAUUUGACUGCAGUAAGGAUGUCAUAAAUUUCGAAAAAAUACUUGGUAUGUACUGGGAACCAAAAUCCGAUACAUUCAGCUACGUGCUCAAAUUUGUUCGGCUUAAGCGCAAUGUAUUCGCGGACAGGGUCGUCCCUACAAAGAGAGAAGUAUUGCAAGUGCUCAUGUCAGUUUUCGAUCCGCUGGGACUAGUAGCUUGCUUAACUUCAUAUCUAAAGAUUCUUAUUCAAGAUAUCUGGCGAAGUGGAAUAGACUGGGAUCAACCGUUAAAUUAUGAACUUUCAUUGAAAUGGAAAACUUGGAUUGAAUACAUUCCCGUUAUUACUAGCGUGUCGGUACCGCGUUGCUACUCUCCACUCCUUUACGAGGAUGACUGUAAAGUACAACUGCAAACGUUCGUAGACGCAAGUGAAAAUGCAUACGCAGCCGUAUCAUAUUUUCGUAUUGAAGCUGGAGGUCACGUCGUCAGUAGGUUGGUGGCAGCUAAAGCAAAGGUCGCACCGUUGCGCCCGCUCUCAAUACCACGACUGGGACUACAGGCUGCGGUAAUUGGUGCACGUUUAACAAACAUGGUUGAGGAAGCACAUCAUAUAAAAUUUGAGAAACGUUGCAUCUGGAGCGACUCAAAAACCGUUCUAAAGUGGCUUCAUGGUGAUCCGCGUAAAUUUCAACAAUUUGUAAUGUUUCGUAUCGCUGAAAUCCAAGAAGCAACUGCUAUCAGGAAUGGCGUUGGAUACCAACAAAAAUGA